GAUGAUGCAAGCUCGGUGACAACGAAGCACAGUAUGAGAUUGUGGGGCAGCCGCAGAAAAAAUAAGAAAGCGAAAAGGAAAUCGUGCCUUUGAGCCUCGUCUUCUUCCUCCUCCUGCACAGAUUGAGCGCAGCAAACCAAAUCCGUGAAACAGAAAGUCGCUCGCAGACAUCUCUCAUCGUCGUCAUCAUCGUCUAUCCGUCUGACCAUCUCUCUCUUCAUCGCAGAGGAGAGAGAGAGAGAGAGAGAGAGAGAGAGAGAGAGAGAGAGGAGACAAGGAAGAAAGCGAAGCAACCGAGCAGAACGAGAGGAAAAAAACUGACCUUUUUCACAUUAAAAUCCCUCUCUCCCUAAUCCCGCACCCCGCCCGUCUUUGUUCCCUCCCCUCGGCCCUCGCCGGCGGCGCCUAGAUCGCGACUCCUCCCACGCCUCCAUCCUCGCCGAUCGCCUCCGUCCACCCUCCCGCGAGGGAGGCCACGCCCCCAGCGUACGGUCCUUGGGGGCGGUUCCUGCAUCGCCUCAAGUGGCCUCCUUUAGCGGUUGCUUGACGCCUCAGGGGAAGCCGUUCUCGUGCGGGGCUUCGGGCUCCGACGCCCAUGGUUGACAUCGACGAGUGCUCGCCGGUGCCCGAGCCCGUGCCGGCACACCCGGACCCCUCCUCGAUCUCCCCGGACGCUUGGCGGCGCUUCGAGGGCGCCACGCUCGCUGUGGUGAGCAAGAUCCAGCCUACCGUCUCCUCCGAGCGCCUCCGUGCCGCCGUCAUCGACUACGUCCAGCGCCUCUUCAGGUUCCACGCCGGGUGCCAGGUCUUUCCAUUUGGAUCCGUUCCAUUGAAAACAUAUCUUCCUGAUGGAGAUAUCGACUUGACUACAUUUGGCUCUGCGGCUUCUGAUGAGAAUUUAGCAAAUGAAGUAUUUGUUAUUCUAGAAUCAGAAGAGCGGAGGAAAGAUUCUGAAUUUGAAGUCAAGGAUGUCCAGUAUAUUAAUGCUCAGGUCAAGCUGGUGAAGUGCCUGGUGCAAAAUAUUGUUGUAGACAUCUCAUUUAAUCAGAUUGGUGGACUCUGUACACUUUGUUUUCUUGAGAAGGUUGAUAACAAAUUUGGAAAAAAUCACCUCUUCAAGAGAAGCAUAAUGCUGAUUAAAGACUGGUGUUAUUAUGAAAGCCGCAUUCUUGGUGCUCACCAUGGUUUAAUUUCUACCUAUGCCUUGGAGACAUUAGUGCUAUACAUUUUCCAUAUCUUCCACAAGUCUCUAGAUGGUCCAUUAGCUGUCCUCUAUAGGUUUCUUGACUAUUAUAGCAAAUUUGAUUGGGAUAAUAAGGGGAUCAGCUUGUUUGGUCCUGUUUCCUUAUCUUCAUUACCUGAGCUAGUUACGGACCCACCAGAUACUCAUGAUGAUGAUUUUCUUCCACGGGAGGAGUUUCUCAAAGAAUGUGCAGAGACAUUUAGCGUUCCCCUUAGAAACUCUGAGAAAAAUGCUCGAGUAUUCUCUCGAAAAUUUCUAAAUAUAGUUGAUCCACUGAAUCAGAGUAAUAAUCUUGGACGCAGUGUCAGCAAAGGAAACUUUUACCGAAUACGCAGUGCAUUUGAUUUUGGUGCUCGAAAGCUUGGGAGGAUUCUUCAAGUGCCUGCCAGUUCUACUGUCAAUGAAGUGAAUCAGUUUUUUAGGAACACAUUAAAGAGAAACUGCACUGGGUUAAGGCCAGAUGUUUUAGUGAGCUCUUCUGAUGAUAAUCUAAUGACUGAUCAUGGUACCAAUGAUUCUGUGUCAUGGAACUUAGAUGUGGAAAGAGUCAACAACGGAAGUUCACCUUUGUACAGCAAUUCCUGUGGUAAUCUGUCUAAUCAGUUUAGUGACAUCAACUUUUCAGGCUCCAAUGACCAUGGCUCGAAAAAGCAAAAAGAAUGUAACUAUAUGGCUGAACACAAGGAGAUAAAGUCUGUUUCUGGUGGGCUGCUAGAUAUUGAUGCCACAAGUCACGCAACUACUGAUUCAGUAAGUAUGAGGAAUGGUGGUGACUUCUGUGAAGCUUCACCAACAGCUAGUGAAACAUGUACCUUGCCAUCUGGGAGACGUUACGGUGCCCCACAUCUCUUUUACCAAUCAGAAAAUGGUAAGAAGGUUGAUGUUACAGAUGACACAAACCUGUCACACCGUGGGAUGUCAACAAAGCGGUUUACAGGCAGAUAUCACCACUCUUUUGAAGAUGCUAAGUAUCGCAAUGAAUUUUCAGAAAGUUCCCAACUGUUUGAGCAUAAUGCUUACUCCUCUUCUGCUGGGUUAGUUGAUGGUCUGGCCACAUCUAAUUCAAUUUUUACAUCUGAGAAUUCUCAACCUAGCGGUACCACCAAUGACAUUGUGUCAGAUCUCACUGGAGAUUUUGAUACAAAUCUCAAUAAUCUUCUGUAUGCGCAAGGGUGCCAACAAGAUAAUCCAACAAAUCAGUUUUACUAUCAAAUGCUUCCGCCACCACCUGCACAAUAUCGGAACACACGCCCAUCAAAUGGUCAUGGCAGAAAUAAUCCAUAUGGAUAUUCUGGUACGAAUGGAGCAGUCCCUGGUCCUCCUUAUUCACCUGGCUAUUUUAUGUUGAGGCCAUUUUAUCAAACAGAUGAGCAUAUGGUUAUGAGGGCUCGUGGAACAGGCACCUACUUUCCUGAUCCAAAUAUGCGCAAGGAUAGGCCACCUGCUGGACGUGGGGAAAGAGGAAGGAAUCAUCUUCAUCCGAAUAAUCAUCAAAAGUUCCACCACUAUGGCAGAACGGAUAUGCCUGCAGAUAUGAUACCUUUGGAGGAAUUUCGGCACGAGCUACCAUUGCAGAUAUGUGUUCCUGGAGCAAAUGAUCAUGGAAUACCAUCUCCAUUGAAUAUACCAAUACCAUCUCCAUCUUCCCGGUCUCCAAGGGAUCCAUUGAAGGUACCAACACAUUCUCCAUCUUCCCAGGUUCGAAGGGAUACUUUUCAUGGCAAUGGUUUUAUACACCCACAAGACAGUAAACUUGAGUUUGGGACCUUGGGGACAUUGCCUUUAGAAGUUACCUCAAAAGACCAUGCUAGCAGAUCAGAUUCUGCUUCAAACAAUCAAGCUUCUGAACCUGUGAGCCCCAUGUCUACAGCAAAAAACACUGGGACAAGUUCUAACCGAAUGAGGAAUGGUCAGCCAUACCGUCUGAAGGACAGUGAAGACUUCCCACCACUAUCCAAUUGAUGACAAUUCACUGUACAUGGGAGGCAACGCAGGCUAAGAGAAAAUACUGAUAAAUGGUGUGCACUCUGCGCAGCAAUGGCACCGAGUUGCUUCGUAAAAGUAGACACCAUUUUGUACAUCCUAUCAUUUCCUCGUUCUCCAGUUGUCAGACUCGCCAUGUCGCUGCAAUGCAGCCUGUGCUUCUAUAACUGAAACUUCAUACCCACAUCCCGCUAAAAAAAAGAGAAGAACAAGAAAAGGAAGAAAGAAAGAAAGAAAGAAAGAAAGAAGAAAGGAUGCUGAGACUUCAUGACAUGUAGAUACUUUUGGGGGAGAAGUCCCCUUGUUUCUCUUUUAUAGAUUAUGGCGGUCCCUUGAAGGGGAAUAUUUGCUAGUUAGUUUUGCUGUUUUGUCCUCAUCGGGAUCAUUGCAGAGCUGGAGCUGCUGGGGAGCUCUCCAUGGCCAUGUGUAAUGAGAUUAAUGCUUUAGCCCCUGUUUGUGUUUGGAGGGAGGUCUUGUGUUGAAAGGCCCCAUUGUUUGAAGUAACUUUAGCUGCUGUUAGAUUUACAACUUGAAUAGAAGAAUUUAGUCUUUGCUUAAAAAAAAGCCUUUUGUUGUG